AUGGAGAACACGACGGAGCGGGACGACCACUGCGUGUUCCACGAAGCCGCCAUAACAUUUCUCGCGACCGAAGAACUCGAUCCAGUGGCGAAACUCAUCUCCUCGCUCUUGCGGCCACCGGAAAAUCAAGACGCCGAGGCAAAAAUCAGUCGAAACACAUUUUACCGGUUCUGCUCCACCAAUUUCCCCAACUCCAUGUCUCUGAAGCUCCUGCAAAUCUACGCAUCGCCGGACAAGACAGGAUACGACGAUAACAUAAGGCAGAUCGCGAUCAGACACCUCAACGUUCUGGUCUCGAAUCACAGAGGAAAAGGAGAAGAGCCGCUGUUACCUUUCUUAGCACUCAAAGGACUCGCCCGAUUGCUCAUCACGUGCCUUGUCGAGCAAGAAAUCUACGAGGACACCUUCAAGAUCCUCGCCCAGGUGGCAUACCACAUCGCUUUCGAGAUUUCCCUACGUCAGUCCAUUUUCUGGCCCGAUCUCCUCAAGUUUAUAUCAUCGAAUGCCGAGAAAGAGUUCCAUCUGGCGGUGACAACAAUCUCUUGCUUUCUCUCCUGGAUCCUCUUCCCCCGCCGAUCUUGCAGUGGCUACAACCCUCUGAGUUAA